AAGUUGAACAUCAAAUGUAAUUGGAAAUGAUCCUAUACGGCUAGUUCGUCUUUUUUACCAUUUGUAUAAUUUGCUGCUUUUUCAAGCAGUUUAUAUUAAUGUACAUGACUAUAGCCUACGUUGUUCUCAAAUACUUUAUUUUAAGCACAAUUCCUAAUCUGUAUUAAAGUGCGUUCAUACGUGAGUUUAUACUUGGUAAUUUGCUGCGUUUUCAAGCAGUUUAUAUUUACGUACAUGACUAUAGUCUAGGUCGUUCAAGGAAAAAGAAGGAACCGCCAACUUCGCGCGCUUAGGCUAAGAGCGCGUGUUUGUUUUCGCGCUGCUGAAUUAACAUUAACAGUUGGAACUAUGGGGAUGAACACAGAACAUUUGGUCUUUCCGAAAUUUGGAUAUAAAAAAGGGGGUAAAUCGUUUUAUAUUUAUGUACAUGACUAUAGCUACGUUGUUCUCCAAAUACUUUAUUUUAAGUGCAAUUCCUAACCUUCGUACGUUUGUUUAUACUUGGUGCCGUUGGAUCCGACGUCCAUGAGCUAUUUCUUUGUGCUCGUUCAGCAUGUUUCUCCUGGCAACCGUGUGUUUUGUACUUCGUUUUACAGGGUCGUCUCUCGCUGCCUUUGAGGUGAGCGUCCCGCAGCGGAGGGUGCUGGCGGUGCGAGGCCGGCCGGUGGUUUUGGGGUGCAGCUACGCACCCAGCCUCGGCAACAAUCUGGAGAAACUGGUGGUGACGUGGCAGACAGCGGAGGACAACCUGGUCCUGCACAGCUUCUAUUUCGGGCGAGACCAGCUGGACAAGCAGAAUGCCCGCUACCGGAACCGCACCUCGAUGUUCCGGCCCCUGCUCGGCGCCGGAAACGCAUCUCUGAGGCUGGACCGGGUCGGCCCGCAGGACUCCGGGCGCUACCUCUGCUCCGUCGACAGCCUGCUGGGAAAUGGCAAAGCGGAGGUGCAGCUGGAGUACGCGGCGUUCUACACCGAGCCCAAGCUCAACAUCCAGGUCCACCCCAGCAACAUCAGCCUGCAGUAUCAGAGCGAGGGGUACCCCGCGCCCCAGGUCCAGUGGACCGACUCCGCGGGCCGCAACCUGACUGCCCGGGAGGAGCUGUCCGGGCCCGGGGAGGACGGGCUCCUGUCCCUGAGGACCAGCGUGACGCUGAAGGACCCCGGUCCCGGAGUCAACCUGAGCUUCACCCUGAGGAACGCCGCCCUGGGACAGGUGCUGGAGAGGCCCGUCUGCCUCAGUCUGGCUCCCUGUGACCCUGUAAAUGGGACCAGAGUGACCAUCCCGGUCAUUUGUGUUCUCUGCCUGCUGUGUCUGGUACUGGCGGCCAUCCUGUGCGUCCAACGCAAGAGGAUCGGAAGGCAACGUGGAUAAAAACGGUGACCCCCUAGGAACAGCUUUUGCCUCUAUUAUUGAUUCCAUUGGUUUUGUACAGAAUGUUUGUGAGCCCUACUCACUACCGUGGCCAUACCUUAGCUAAUGGUAUUAGUACCAUGGUAUUAGUGUGGUAAAUCUUACCGUCGCACCUCAUAACCCUAUACUAUCAGAUCAUUUCCUCAUUAUGUUUAAUAUUAAGGCAUCCAAUCCACCUGUAUCAGAGCCUAGACAUUACUACAGCCGAUCAGUAAAUUCUGGGGUUAUUCCAAAGUAUAUAAUUAUGCUUCUGGGGUCAUUCCUCUCCACAGAAGAAAAGGCUGAUGAAAAUGCUGAUGAAGUUGCACUGGACCAAUUGACUAACCAGCUAACCCUUACCCUCAGGAACACUCUUGAUGCUGUUGCCCCCCUUAAAAGAAGAAACCCUAGUCGGAAAAACUGCACUCCAUGGUACAACGAUACCACCCGGGCCCUGAAGCAGUCUACUAGAAAAUUAGAGCGAAAAUGGCGGUCAACAAAGCUAGAAGUAUUUAAUCUUGCAUGGAAAAACAGCUUUCUUCAGUAUAAGCAAGCUCUUGCUUCUGCUAGAUCUAGACCAAAACUAAUUCAACAAAACAGACAUAACCCCAAAUUUCUAUUUAGUACUGUGGAUAAAUUAACUAAAAAACAAUCAUCAGAGUUUUCAGCUUAUCCCUCCAAUCUUAGCAGCAUUGACUUCCUGAACUUUUUCGAUCAGAAAAUUGAGGCUAUUAGAGACCAGAUUUCCAAACUGUCUCCAUCAUGCACUAUUUCUGUUCAUGUUAAUAAUCAGCCCCGCACCUGGUUAAAACAGGAAGAUUUACAGACAGCGGUACUAAACUGUUUUACGCCCAUUAGCAUGGUCGAGUUAUCGGAAUCGGUUAUGUCUUCAAAACCGACGACCUGUCUACUCGAUCCUAUUCCUUCAAAUUGGAUUAAAGAACUAUUUCCAGUACUAGGCCAGCAUAUACUAAAAAUCAUUAGCACAUCCCUAGUCACAGGAUACGUACCUGAGUCACUAAAAGUGGCAGUUAAGCCAUUAUUGAAGAAACUAAACCUAGAACCUGAUAAACUGGAACAUUAUAGACCUAUUUCAAACCUUCCAUUUCCAUCAAAAUUAUUGGAGAAAACUGUUGCUAAGCAACUAAGUGCAUACCUCAGCUCUAACAGUAUCCUUGAAGUAUUCCAAUCAGGGUUUAGACCCCACCACAGCACAGAAACCGCACUUAUCAAGGUUACAAAUGAUACACUACUGUCAGCCGUACGUAACUCUGUGUUGGUUCUUGUACUCCUUGACCUGAGUGCAGCUUUUGACACAAUUGAUCAUGGAAUUCUACUGGACUCCAGGCCUGUGUUGGACAGGCACUCGCAUGGUUGGAUCAUACCUAUGUGACAGGAAGCAGUUUGUCAAAUUAAAAGGAGAGUCCAGCUCCUCAAUAAUGAAAUACGGUAUUCCACAAGGAUCAGUACUAGGACCAGUACUCUUCUUGCUAUAUAUGCUACCUCUUGGCAAUAUUAUCCGGGCACAUGGCAUGGCAGUUCCACUGUUAUGCGAACGAUACUCAGAUUUAUAUUUCAAUGAAACUUGACGAAGCACUGCCACUUUCACGGUUAGAGGCCUGUAUUGUAGAUAUCAAGGUUUGGAUGCUUUCAAAUUUUCUGCUCCUAAAUUCAGAUAAGACUGAAAUGUUGGUUUUAGGUCCCACAGUAUUAAGGGAGAAAUUGUCUACUCUCACUUUAAACUGUGAUGGUGGUUUGGCUGAACCUAAUAUGGUCGUUAAAGACCUUGGUGUCACCAUUGAUCCUGAUCCAUCUUUUGACACCCAUAUGAAAAACAUAUCCAGAAUUGCCUUCUUUCAACUACGCAACAUAGCUAAAAUUAGACAUUUCCUGUCAGUUGGGGAUGCUGAAAAUUUAUCCAUGCAUUUGUUACGUCUAGGUUAGAUUACUGUAACGCCCUGCUUUCUGGCUGCCCUAAUAACUCGUUAAAGAGUCUCCAGCUUGUGCAGAAUGCAGCUGCUCGUAUCUUGAGCAGAACUAAGAAGUAUGAGCACAUUACACCAGUACUAGCGUUGCUUCACUGGCUACCCAUUAAGCAUGCUCCUGACUUUUAAAGCCCUGCAUGGACGUGCACCUGUGUACAUAUCUCACCUGCUCCUACCUUAUAAGCCCACAAGGUCACUUCGAUCCCAUGAUGCAGGCUACUUGGUAGUCCCAAGUAUUUCCAAAAACCUAAAAGGUGGUAGGGCUUUCUCCUACAGGGCCCCACUACUGUGGAACCAGCUUUUAAAAUUUAUAAAGGAGUCAGACUCAGUCUCAAUAUUUAAAUCUAGAUUAAAAACGCACCUUUAUGCUCAGGCUUAUAAUCAGUUGUAGUCUGGAGACAGGGUGCGAGAAGCCUGUAGUCAUAGAGCUUUGUAGGUGGCAAUCCUUUCCUUGCUGUCACUUGUCAAUCAGCUGUGACCCGACUUUACAUGGGCUGGCUCUUGAUAGGCGGGUAUGGUUGUCUACCCCUCAUGACUGCAUGGGCUCUCCAUCCCUGUCCUAGUAGCUAUGCAGCCAUAUACUACUCCUGGCGGGGUCCCCCCAAUACAUACUACUGCCACUUUACCCACUGUCUGCUAUACUAAUUGCCGUUUCUACCCUCUUCCCCAUGCUGCCGGCGGGGCUCUUGCCCCAACCCUCGAGAGUGCUUCGAGAGUCGUCUGGUCUCCCCCACCUCUGUGGUCCAGCCUCUCUUUCGUCAUGACUGACAGCAGUUGGAAAAACUGACAGAAGCGUUGCUAUUGUUCUAGGGAAUCCUUGAAGACACUUCCCUGGAACAUUAGACUUUCCAUUUGCAUUUCUCCAAAAAAAAAAAUGCUACACAAGUAAGACUGAAGUAAAUUAAUCCUUGGGUUGUGUUUUGUGCCGUUUCUGUUCUUUUUGUUCUGCUCCUAAAUCGGGCAGUCCGUUUUAACUAUUUAUAAAGCAAUAAUAAAGCAUAUAUUUUCACAUAA